CGAGAUUCCUCAGCGCGCUCAACUCGACCACGACCUCGGUCUUCUUGUUAUUUGGGACUCUGACGGGUGGCAUUUGUGUCUGCUAUCAUGUCUUCCCCUAUGGCCGGCCCAGCUGCCCCCACCUACGCCGAGGAGGAUGACCCUAUGCAAAUUCCUGGGGACGAAAACGAAGGAGAGGUAGUCGGCGCCCCCGGCGGCGGCGGCUCCGACGAUAGCUCAGAAGAGCCCGAAGAAGACGAGGAGGAGGAGCGGCGCAUCAGAGAGGGAUUUAUUGUUGAUGAAGACGAGGAUGAGGAUGAGGAGGACGAAGAGGAGGAAAGACGCAGACGGCGAAAGAGGCGAAAGAAGCACCAUCGCAACCGGGAGGAAGAGGAGGCACUUGAGGAGGACGACUUAGAGCUGCUAGAAGAAAACACAGGAGCUUCGUUCUCUCGCAAUCGCCUAACCCGCCUGCGUCGUGCGCGAGACUCGGAAUCACCGCCCGCGCCGUCGUCGUCGAAACGAAAGGCUGUCUUGGAGCCAUCCGAUGAUGAUCUUGACAACGAUGACCUGGAGCUGCCUCAGAUUCAGGAUAUCCAGAACAUCUGGGACGACGAAAGGAACGCAGCUGGCAGGGACGAUGACGACGACAUGGACGACGAUAUGGACAACUUCAUCGAGUAUGAAGAUGAAGACGAGGAAGAGGUGGGAGGCGCUAUGGAUGAGGAGGCUCGGGAAGAGCGGCGGAGGGAGAGGCGGCGACAAGAGAAGGCCAGGCGAAGAGCAUUGGGGCGAGCCGCGGAACUUGGAGGCAUAGAUGCGAAUACAUGGGACGAGCUACAGGAGGUGUUCGGUGACGGCCAUGAUUAUGACUGGGCCCUAGCCGAAGACGAGGAGCCUGUUCAUCAGGAGGAGCAAAAGCCGGAGAUGAAGUACCAAGAUGUUUUUGAGCCUUCAGAGAUCCGUGCGCGCAUGCUGACCGAGGACGACGAUUUGAUACGAGCAACCGACACUCCUGAACGCAUGCAGCUCGCCACUUCAGCACUAUCAGCCUCAUCCACGAUGACCCUUCACAAGCCGUUGACCGAGAAUGACUUGGAUGACGCUGCGUCAUGGGUCAUCACACGGCUCGGUACUCGCAAGGAACGCGACUUCUUCCGUGGAGAUGGCCAGUUCCAUCGCUACCUCCCAGAUCUCGUUCAAGCCAUAACCUGUGCUAUGCGCUUCUUGUUCGUCCAGGAGUUUGAGGUGCCCUAUGUGUGGACCCACAAGCGGGACUACAUCUCAUACUUCAACCCUGCGGAACUUAACGCCGAGGUCCAGUUGCUCAGCUUGGAGGAACUUUGGCGCGUCUACACCCUGGGUCAGAAAUUCUGCUCGUUGCUGGAGCGACGCAGUGCCCUGGACUCUCUCUACGGCCGGCUAGGAGUGUCCGACAACUAUUAUGAGAUCGAAGUCCGGAAACGGGUUGAUACGGUCGAGACGGUUGCUGAUGCUACCGAAUGGCUGAGCAUGAAGUACCGGGAGGACAAGAAGAACAGGGUUGAGCUUCACUUCCACGAUGAUGAGGAACAGAUCGACAUCAAGAAGCACAAGAUGCCGAGUCGUAUCUCACACUACGAGCUGGCGAAGAAGAGUAUCGCCUCCAAGUUGGCGGAGGGUUAUGGAAUCCAACCACAUCAAGUAGUUCUGAACUUCCUUGCCGAGGAACAUACCCACUUCGUGGAGGAUCCUGAGCUCAACCCCCAGGCUUACGCGGAGCAGUUCGCUGACCCUGAUGCGAGUCGCGCGCAGUUACCCGAGGAGCUUCUAGGCCGUGCGCGUAUGAUUCUUGCCACGGAAAUUGGCAAGGAUCCCUUGUUGAGGCAUAAGAUUCGAGAGGCCUUCAAGGCUGACGCGGUAGUCUCUGUCUCACCGACAGAACGUGGCACUGCGAAGAUCGACGAUCACCAUCCGUUCUUUAACUUCAAGUACUUGCACAACAAGCCUGCUGCGGAGAUGCUUCUGUCAGCGCAGUUCUUGCACAUCCUGCAAGCCGAGUCGCAGCACCUGGUGACGGUGUCCAUCAGCCUACCAGCUGACGCGAAGGCGAACUUUGAGCGAUUGCUCAACGAUGCAUUCUCCUCGGAUACCUACAACGACAACUCCCGCGCUUGGAACGAGGAGCGCUCUCGCGUCGUUCAGGAGGCAUUAGAGCAGCAUCUCAUACCCAUCGGCAUCAAGUGGACUCGCGAAUGGAUCCGUGAGGAAGCAGAAGACUUCCUUGCAGAUCAGUGUUCACAGAUUCUCCGCGAUAGGAUCGAUAUUGCACCAUAUGCCACGGACGACAUGACACCGGGAGAAACACCGUCUGUUCUCGCUAUGUCGUGGGGCAAGGGUGAGCCACACAAGGACCUGAUCCACAUUGUCUUCAUGGACGAGGCCGGCCGCCUCCGUGAGCACACUCGGUUGGACAACCUAGUGGAUCAGGAGUCGCGAGACGAGUUUGUCGACAUGCUGAAGAGACGUCGACCACACGUCAUCGUUAUUGGUGGCUUCAGCAUCGCGACCGCGAAGCUCGCGCAGCGAGUAAAGGAGAUCGUCAACAAGCCGAACGGCGAGACCGGUGAUAUCGGCCAAGACGAAUCGCUCAACAUCGAGGUGAUCUACGUACUCGAUGAGGUUGCGCGCAUGUACCAGAACAGCAAGCGGGCUGAAGGAGAGUUCAGUGCCCUUGCCCCGCUUGCGAGGUACUGCGUGGGAUUGGCACGAUACACGCAGAGCCCGCUGAACGAGUACGCCGCCCUGGGUGCUGACAUAAAGGCUAUCAUGUUCGACGAAGACAACCAGAACUUGAUCCCUGUUGAGAAGCUCCUGUCAGCGCUUGAAAGGGUUCUGGUUGACGUUACGAACAAGGUCGGAGUUGACGUUAACCGGGCUGUGACCGAUCCGUACUACCAAUUCCUCCUUCCGUUUGUCUGCGGUUUGGGCCCUCGAAAAGCUCAGCUUCUGGCAAAGAAGAUCGCCUCGCUGGGCGGCAACCUCGUCAACCGCGACCAGUUCGUCAAAGGUUCUCUGCUGACGACGAAGAUCUUCCUCAACGCCGCGGGUUUCCUUCGCAUCAUCCAGGACGCUGAGCUCAAGUCUACCAAAGGCCGUCGUAACGAGGAUGUCGAUGUCGCUGACCCUCUCGACAACACGCGCAUACACCCGGAAGAUUAUGAGCUUGCCAGGAAGAUGGCCACCGAUGCUUUGGAACUAGAUGAAGAAGAUAUCCACGACGAGCAUCCCUCACAUGUCGUAUCCCUGAUCAUGGAGGACAACGAUGCUGACAAGAAGCUGGACGAGCUUAACCUCGACGACUUCGCCGUCAACAUGUACGAGACGAACCAGGACAAGAAGCGGCACACGCUCAACGUCAUCCGCGCCGAGCUCAUACGAUCAUUCGGCGAGCUCCGUGACAAGUUCACCCGGCCCACGCCCCCGGAGGUGCUCAUGAUGCUUACCGGAGAGACCAAUCGCACGCUCCGUGUCGGGCUGAUCGUGUCCGUACUGGUCGUCCGUGUCAAGCCCAGCUUCGUCGCCGUUCGCCUGGACUCGGGCAUCGACGGUAUGAUCACAUCGCAGUACAUCUCAGACGACCACGUCUCAGAUGCCUCGGCGGUGGUGCAGAAGGGCAAGACGAUUCAGGGCGUCAUCAUCGAUGUCAAGCUCAACCUCGCCUCGGAUUCGUUCUGGGUCGAGCUGUCCUCGCGGCAAUCGGACCUUCUCCAGGGCGAUAGCCAGUACCGGCGGGUGAGGCAUGACGAGCGAUGGAACCACCAGCAGUACGAGCGGGACAUGGAGCUGCAGGCACGGAAGAAGCGCGCAGAGGUGGACAGGACGCGGAGGGUCAUCAAGCAUCCGAACUUCCACAACUUCAACGCGCAGCAGGCGGAGGUGUUCCUCGACCAGCAGCAACGGGGCGAUGUGGUCAUCCGGCCGUCGUCGAAGGGUAUUGAUCACCUUGCUGUGACAUGGAAGGUGGACGACAAGCUUUUCCAGCACAUUGACAUCGUCGAACCGAACGCUGAUCCCACUGGCCAAACUGUCGGCACAAAGCUCAUCGUAGACGCUGAACACCAGUACUCCGAUCUGGAUGAGAUGAUUGUCAACCAUGUGCAAGCCAUGGUUCGCAAGGUGGAGGAGUUGAUGGCUCAUGAGAAGUUCAAGCACGGUUCGGAAGAUGACCUCCAUAUCUUCCUGAAGAACUACGUGGCUGCGAACCCCACGAGGAGUGCGUAUGGCUUCACCAUCAAUCGGAAACGUCCUGGGCACUUCAAUUUGUGCUUCUUGGCGAACAAAAACUCAACAGUCCAGACAUGGCCCAUCAGGGUCACGCCUGAGGCGUACUACCUCUUCGACACCCCGGCCACCGGUGUCUCUGAGCUUUGCGAUGCGUUCAAGAUUCGACACAUUCACGAGUCUGGACGGACUGGUGGCGGCCUGGGCGGCGGCAAGACGCCUUACGGUGCUGGCGGUCGCACACCUGCACGGACACCCGCUGCCGGACAUGCAACACCGGGGCAUAUGUCCGUGCGCCAGAUGGGCCGAACACCGAACCCCUAUGGGCCAGGUGGGCAGGUGCCGGGUGCGUCUACGCUGGGCGCCGCGACGCCUGCGUACGGUGCUCCCCCACGGACACCGUACGGUGGCGGCUUCCAGACUCCGAACCCAGCUGGUGUACAUCCGGCAAGAGCUGCUCUGAUCCAACAGGGCGACGCUGGGGGCGGAGGCGGCUGGGGCUCUGGAGGCUGGUGAUGAUAUUCGGAGCAUAUUAUUGUGCUGCUUGCUCUGCAUCGGUGACAUUUUCUCGCGCAUUCUGCAUCAACGCUGUUGACUACACACCAUGUUAUCGCACUUUGUAUCCUAUUGCAUUGAUAUUUACUUCCGUUUGGUGCUUCCCAGACGGCCAAAGUGCUG